GGAAUUGCAUAUUUAUCUUAUUUGUUACCCCCCAAUCACGUCUCUUGCUAGCAGAAACGAAUUAAUAGGUUUCCUAUGUGUACUAUUCCGGAUUUGCAAGCCCAGAAGUGGCUGUAUGCUGCACAUAUAUUAAGAUUAUAUUUAUAAUUCAACAUUUAAAAUGUUUUGGAGCACUUUUGGAUGUUAUAAAGAGAUCCAGUUUUUUUUGUUUUUUUUUUUUAAAAAUUGCUGCUUUUAUUGUGAUUUGAAAGAUUUAUAUCCUUAGAUGUCCAGGAGAUUAACACCGGGUACAGGCUAACAAUAGCAUUCAUCACCAAUAAUAGAUUUAUUACUGAUCACUUGCUAUUUAGUUAGAGCGAGUCUUGGUGUUGUAUUUGAAUACUUUUGUGUUAUAUCUAGAGGUUAAGAUGUUUUGUCAAGUGAUUUCUUUGUUUAUUACUUUUAUACAAAAUGUAUUCUAUGAUCAUAUUUUAUGUAUCCAAAUUCAGCAACUAUAUUUACAGAAACACGUUGCAAUUCAAAUUAAAUAUUUCAUAUUUCAUCACACUGCAAUUUUAUAGAAAUCUCCCGGACUCUCAUUGGGCCUGCUGGGAGCAGCAUAAACAUGGGUAUUGAGUUGAGACACAUCCAACCGGUUUAGUGCCUCUGUCCAGCAAACAUAUAAUGAAAAAAAAGGAAUCACUACAAUGUAUUUUUUUGCUUCAGCCCUGCCGGAUAUGCGUGUAUUUCCGAUAGGAUAUUUCAAAAUAUACUUACAUUUAGGCGAAUAUUUUUCACCAGCAAAGGCGUGGACAAUUCUAGGAUUUAUAUAACUUUACAACAGUGUGUUAAUAGAAAUCGCCCAGAAAUGUAGCUUUUUUUUAAUUCCUAUAUAAUCUGGCUAUUUGCUUUAGGAGCUUGUUAAAUUCUUUUCUUUUGUGCCGCGCCUAAAGUCUGAAGAGUUAUUCGGAGAUAGGUAAACAUUAAGAUUUAACAAAAGAUAGACAGGAUCCUAGGAGUAUUUUAUGGUUUGUGUUUCCAUCAUCUACUCUCUCGCUAGCCAAAUGACCCCCAUACAUCAAACGACAGAGCAGUUGCAGAGACAGAACCUAUUAUCGUUGGGACUGCACAGAAAGUUCAUGCCGUGGUCAUGGAGAUGAACGCGGGUUUUCUGGUUCCUGGUGUUAUUUCAGAUCCAUCAUGUUUUAACAGGUCGGACCAGGGAGGCCAUUGGAGGAGGAACGCCACGUGACAGAGGGGUGCCAAUGUUAUUCUUUACGGGUGUCAAGACCCUGUCAGUUUGUGAAAUAAAUAUUGGGAAACAACGAAAUGCAAAAAGCGACCUACUACGACAGCGCUGCGAUCUAUGGCGGAUAUCCCUACCAAGGAGCAAAUGGUUUCACUUAUAAUGCAAGUCAGCAGCAAUAUCCUCCUUCCUCAUCUCUGCUGGAAAGUGAAUAUCAUCGACCUGCCUGCUCCCUGCAGUCACCUGGCAGCGCUGUGCCCCAUCUCAAGGCCAAUGACAUCAAUGAAAGUUGUAUGAGAAGUAUCAGCAGUCAAUCAAGUCAAGCCCCGGUCAUUCCCGAGCAGCAGCCCACACCACAAGGGCCGCCACCCUCUGUGUCCCCACCACAAACCACCAGCAAUGCAGCCACAGCCUCCUCCAACAAGGCCACAGGCAUCAACUCACCUACCAUGUCAAAGCAGAUUUUCCCUUGGAUGAAAGAGUCCCGGCAGAACACAAAGCAGAAAGCUGGUAGCUCCAGUUCAGGUGAGAGCUGUGCAGGAGACAAAAGUCCCCCGGGGCAAUCCUCUUCCAAAAGGGCCCGCACUGCUUACACAAGCGCUCAGCUGGUAGAACUGGAAAAAGAGUUCCACUUUAACAGAUACCUGUGCAGACCCAGGAGGGUGGAGAUGGCCAAUCUACUCAACCUCACCGAGAGGCAAAUUAAGAUCUGGUUUCAGAACAGGCGAAUGAAAUACAAAAAGGAUCAAAAAGGGAAAUCCAUGAUGACCUCUUCAGGAGGACAGUCACCAUGUAGGAGCCCGGUGCCAGCUCCAUCUGUUGGAGGUUACCUAAACUCUAUGCAUUCUUUGGUAAACAGUGUCCCCUAUGAGCCUCAGUCUCCCCCUGCUUUCAACAAACACCACCCUGGCGCCUAUGGUGUGCCUGCACCCUACCCAAGCCCCCACAACAGCUGUCCUCCCCACCAAAAAAGAUACAGCGGAACUGCUGCGGUCACCCCAGAAUAUGAGCCCCAUCCUCUCCAACAAGGCAACGGAGCUUAUGGGAAUCCUCAUGUACAGGGAAGCCCCGUUUAUGUAGGGGGAAACUAUGUGGAGACCAUGACUAAUUCUGGACCAUCCAUGUUUGGUUUGUCUCAUCUCUCUCAUUCCUCAUCGAACAUGGACUACAGUGGAGCCGGACCCAUGAACAGUGGUCACCACCAUGGACCUUGUGACUCCCACACUACAUACACAGACUUAUCUGCUCACCACAAUCCUCAGGGAAGAAUUCAGGAAGCCCCCAAAUUAACACAUUUGUAAUGGCCAUGGAGACAAAUAAUCCCCUCUUUUCUCCUUCUUCUUUCUAUUUUACUUUCCAGUAAUCCCCUUUUAUUUUAUAUUCAAGAUUUUUUUUUGUGUGUGUGUGUGUGUGUGUGCCAGUACUAUUCAAUGCAAAAAAAAAAAAAUACUGGCUUUUUCAGAUAUAACCUUGUGGCCCCUAGGAAUCCGAUUUGGAGCAAUUGUCUUUGUAUUUUAUUGGACUCUUUUAUCAAACAGGGUAUAGCAACAAUUUUUUAUAUGGGAAACAAAUUCUUCUAAAAUGGGAAUUUGUCCGCACAUUUUUCUUAACCCACAGGGAAUCCAUUUAAAUUAUUAUUGCACUUCUAUUCAAUUGCUAGCCAAAUAAAUAAUAAAAAACAAAACGCUUGAACAGGGACAUUCCGAUCCAUAAUUAUACGUGUAGGUCAUUUAAUGUGUGUAUUCUGCUGCAUAUACUCCGGUUAAUUUAUUAUAUUUUCCUGGAAAAAAAAACAACAAAACUUUCGAACUGUUUACAUCUUAUUUAUCCCACCCUUCAUAUUUAUAAACAAUAUAUAUAUAUAUAUAUACCCUUGCUAUUCAGGUCAGGCUCUGGGCCUUCAAUUAAUGGCACAGGCAGUGCUUUUGAAAUAAAAAUAAUUCUCAUUAAAGAUGCAAUAAAAUCUGAGAGAAUAUCAAGAUGAACCAGUCUGUAUAUUUAUCUGAAUCUCUUAAGAGAACACACACACACACAGAUGCCCACGUUUUGGAUUCAAUGUAAUUUAUUCACAUAUGGAUUUACAUGGGUUUUAAUAAACAGUUAAAGGU